GCACCCCUUCACACAGAAACCAGGAGGUUCUCGUUGUGGAUGGAUCUUGUCUUCAGGCUGCUCUAUCCAUUUUUCUUUCCUUAAGACUUCUGCUCUUCCUUUCCAAACAAUGGAGUCUACAUUUCAGGCUACACUGUUUCUGAUACUCGUCACUGCAUCAGCAUCCCAGGAUGAUUGCUUCUGUCAAACAAAUAAAUGGACUAUUUGUGCUGGGAACCAAUAUUCUAACAACUGCCAAUGCACGCUACUAGGUUUGGGUCAGCAAGUGAACUGUUCUACACUCACUUCAAAAUGUCUACUGAUGAAGGCAGAAUUGUCCUCCCCAAGGGGCAGGAACUUCCAGAAGCCAGAAGGUGCCUUUCUGGACAAUGAUGGACUUUACAACCCAGACUGUGAUGACGAAGGCAACUUCAAAGCAAGGCAAUGCAAUCAGACAGACACUUGUUGGUGUGUGAACUCUGCUGGGGUAAGGAGAACUGACAAGGGUGACAAAAACAUGAAAUGUAGUGAGCUUGUCAGAACAAACUGGAUCUUCAUUAAUCUGAAACACAAAGAGAGGGAAGCUACCUUCUCUGACCGUGAAGUGGAAGACAGUCUCCGACAGUUCAUUCACAAGCGGUACAUGCUCCAUCAAAAUUACAUCACAGCUAUUGCUUAUGACCCUCCAAUCAUCCAUAUUGACUUGAAGCAGAAUGCUACCCAGAAGCGUUACGGGGAUGUUGAUAUAGCAGAUGUAGCCUAUUACUUUGAAAAAGACAUCAAGGGUAUUUCUGUUUUUCGUCAAAGCAUGUUUAAUCUCUCUGUCAACAAAGAACCUCUUGAUAUUGAAGAAGUCCUUAUCUACUAUGUUGAUGAAAAACUACCAGAGUUCUCUAUGAAACGCUUGACACCUGGCGUUAUUGCAGUGGUGGUGGUGGUCAUCUUGGCCAUUAUUAUUGGGAUUACUGUCCUUGUGAUCACCAGGAGGCGGAGUUCUGGCAAGUACAAGAAGGUUGAGAUUAAGGAGAUGGGAGAAAUGAGGAGAGAAAAUUCAUAGUUGCCUCAGUUUGAAGGCAGGACUAAGACUUUGACAUUGAAGAAAUGGAAGGAAGAUGGCAAGACGAUUCCACAUUUUUGAGAGGGAGGGAGGGAGGGAGGGAGGGUGGGGGGUUAGCUUUUAUUUUUUACGUUUGUAAUCAAAUAUAAAAGCAAUAGUUUUUAGAAAUUCCUCUGACAACUGAUUGGGAGAUUGAUAUGGAUAUUUUAGCAUUUCCUUUAAUAUGGUAUACUAUAGGAUAAAUUAGUGUGAAAUUAGUAUUGAAGUCUCAGAGAAAUUGUCUUUAUAUUGUUCCCCUCCCCCAGAGUUUCCAGUUCCAGAAUUAUUUUUUUUUAAAGAAAGCAAUGUCAGCAUAACCUUUCCUAUGGAAUUGGUGUGUGUGUGUGUGUGUGUAUGUAUAUAAUGUUACAUUGCUUGAAAUAAAUUUUCUUAACCUUAA